CCCACGUCAAAAUGUUUCCCACUCGUGCCCUCCUUGGGAGGUCUGUCUGGAAAGGCCCCAACAUCGUCCCUCUCCCUCUCCCCCGCAAACUCCCUCCUCCACCCAACACACCUCCGAUCAAGACCCAGAAGCGCGCCGCAACCAUCCUCCCCAACUUCGUCGGUCUGCGAUUCGCCGUGCACAAUGGAAAGACAUACCAGGAUGUCCUGAUCACUGAGGAAAUGGUGGGGAGAAAACUUGGUGAAUACGUUGCGACACGCAAGCGUUUCACAUACAAGCAGUCCAAGAACAAAUAGACGAAAAUAAACGGUUUAUGGGGCUUGUUAGUUUACAUCGAAUCGAUAUCCUCGUUUUCCUUUUUCUUUUGUCGUUUUGGAGCUCUGCCUUGGAAUAGGUGGGAAUGGGCAAUCUGGAAUUACGUUUUUGACUUUUUACAUGUUUAUUGUAAGAUGUUGAUUAUCGUCUGAAAAGGAAGAUAUAUGAAAGACAGCAAGUCCUCCGGCUCAUAUUAAGCUCGAGAUGGUGAGGGAUUGGGUAUGCAUUCACUUUGGCGUUCCCUGUUCUUGCUCUGCAA